UUUCAGUGCAUAUGGCAAUGGCUGUACUUCCUGUUGUCUUGGGCUGUCUGAAGUUUAAAAGCAAUGGUAAUGUAUCAAUUAAGUAGAUCCUGGAUGUGUCUUGUAGGAUCUGUGCUGCAUUUGGAGCAUCACCGGGAUGGACUCUUGUCUACUGAUUUGCCUCCUACUGCAUCUCAGAGCCCCUCUUCUCCAAGCCACAGAAGGGGCCCAACUGCCUAAAGUAAUAAAUGAGGAGGAAGAGGUGAAAACUGCCCAGCAACAAACUGAUGCCCAACUGCAAAAGUGUGCAGCUGUUGGAGAGGCCUUGCAACACAUAAAAAUACUAGAAAAUCUGUUGCUGCGAGCCAGGUUUUCCAAGGGGAACUUCACUUACAUGGCACCCACCAUCCAGACAUUUGUAUUCAGUAUCAAGUCCAGGAAUUUCUCAGGGUUUUCUCUCAGCAGUGAUGAACAAAAGUGGACAAACAUUUCCCCCCAUCAGCACUCUAAGCAGAUAUCCUCAUCCAAGAAGAAAGGACAUGCCAUGAGUUUCCCACCUGUGCUGUUGGAGGGAGUCCGGCAAAGGACUGAAGAGCACAGAUUCGUCUGUAUUUACAUCAAUACCUCUUGUGCCUUCCAGGAUGAAAAUAACAACACACUGCUAAACAACUACAUCUUAGGGGCUACUCUAAGAAAUACCUCUGUAAGGAACCUCAGCCACCCUGUGGAGAUGCGCUUCUGGCAUGACCGUGUGCUGGACAACUCCACUGCAACCUGUGUCUUUUGGUUGGAAGAAGCAGAGAGUGACAGCCAGGGGACCUGGAGCAGAGAAGGCUGCAAGACCAUCCAUGAAAGGCACAUGGUCCUGUGCCAGUGUAACCACCUCACUUACUUUGCUGUGCUGCUGCAAAUCUCCUCAGAGGGCAUCAAUGAGAACCUCCUGGCUCCUCUCACCUAUAUCACCAUCAUAGGUUGCAGUAUCUCAGCUGCUGCCUCUCUUCUCACCAUCCUCUUAUACCUUGUCUCCAGAAAAAAGAAGGGUGAUAAUACAAUCAAAAUCCACAUGAACCUCCUGGGUGGCCUCUUCUUUCUGAACGGCUUCUUCCUACUCAGCGAGCCCCUAGCAUCGUUUAAUCUCAUGUGGCUCUGCAGGACUGCUGCUGUAUUCCUCCACUACUCCCUGCUCUGCUGUUUCACUUGGAUGGCCAUUGAGGGCUUCCACCUCUACCUGCUCUUGAUCAAAGUCUACAACGUGUACAUCAGGCGAUACAUCCACAAGUUGUGCAUGCUUGGCUGGGGUCUGCCAGCAAUAAUAGUGAUUGGCAUUCUCAUCGCUAAGAAAGAGGUCUAUGGGUUCCAUCAAAUUAAAACCAGUGGUCACAACUACACUGCUACCAUGUGUUGGAUCACAUCCAAGAGUAUCCAUUACUUUAUCAACCUGAGCUAUGCUGGGAUCACCAUGCUCUUCAACAUAGUUGUCUUAGUCAUUGUACUGAGGAUGCUGAGGAACAUUCCCAGUCAGAAAGAACGAGCAAGAAGGGACAUAAUGACAGUGCUAGGGCUGACAUGCCUGCUGGGAACAACCUGGGCCCUUGCCUUCCUCAGUUUUGGUGUCUUCUUGACUUUUCAGAUCUUCCUGUUCACCAUCAUAAACUCUCUCCAUGGGUUCUUCAUCUGCCUCUGGUACUGCACCAUACAUCGGAAAGUGGAUGGUGGCUUUACAAGUGAGACUUUGCAGACAACAAAAUAGACCAUUCUCUUGGCUUGUGCUCCAGGAUGGCACAGCCCAGGGGCAAAUAAUGGUCCAAGAACAGACUCCCUCGUAACAGAACCAGCCUGCUCCUGGCUGCUGCACAUAUGAGAUGCUUUGAGAAUUGACAGGUGUGCCAAGGGCGUUCUCUGCUUCCAAUAAGAAAAAGAUACAGUCUUCAGGGCCUUAGCAAGUGAGGCACAAACAACAUAAUAAACCUUGAAUGGCCCUUACAAAGUGUUCAUCAGGGGACUUGCAGCCCAACACAGUCUGGUGUGUUCUGCACACU